AUGUCAUACAAUCCUAUUACUUCCUUCACUACAUAUCCUCUCGACGAUCCCCUCGAUGUAUGGGGGCUUUCCUCGACCUUUGAACAGUCCCUAUGUUUAGACUCAUGCGCACACACCCAGGCUGGGCAGUCUGUUUCUGCUCUAUGGUCGGCAGAGCCAUCGCAAGCGCCUUCGUGCUUCUAUGCGGAGAGCCCACUCGGUACUCGCGAGGCCCACGACUCUGUCUGGUAUUCACACAUUUACUCCACUGCACCUCAUAAUGUGAUGCUCCUGAUUCCAGGAUACGACGCCGACAACACGACUGGAAUCGAAUGCGCUACAUUUGAUCCGGAGAUCGACCCCAUUCUACUUGCUCAUCCGAGCACCUACGAGAUUGCCUCCGCGCUGGGCGAUCCCACUCACUCCAGGCACACUCCCGCGGCUGCGGCGAACUCGGCUCUUUCAUCGUCUCCAGUGUUUCCUCCAUUGCCAUGUACCCCUUCCUCCUCACCAGACUCGAUCACGUCCUCACCAGGCAACACUGAUAGCGUCAGUGAAGCUGGGUCGUCGCGUUCUCUGUCGCUGCCCAUCCGCUCUUCCGUGCAGUCUCGUGAACACUGCCAUCACCCCUACCGCCGCAAUCGUGCAAGGUCUUCAUGCUCGGUAUCAGCGAGCGACUCUUCAUCACCAUUCCCUCGUACGGGUAGCUCCAAUACCCGUCGCUCUCCCCGUCAUACCCGCAGACGCAACGCGCAGGUCGACGGCAAGGUCCCUGAUCCCGAGGACAUGGAUGAACCUGGCAUGGUGAAAUGCAAGUCGUGCGGUCUGGUGCUCUUGAAGACCUCGAUGAAGCGGCAUAUAGAGACGCAUGGGCUGCCAGGAAAAUGGUCAUGCUGUGGGGUGCCGGUCGAGCUCGCGUCAGAGUACGGCAUUCCGGCGAGUGCAGAGCCGUAUGAGCACAAGGGUCGAUGGAUGGUUGGUGGAUGCGGGACGCACUGCAGUCGGAAAGAUGCACUGGUGCGUCACCUGAAGAGCGAGUCGAAGGAGUGCGUGGGUGAUGUGGAUGUGGCGGAUGCGCUGGGAUGGCUCGAGGAUGCGACGUAUCUCGUUGGUUGCCACCAACUCGUUCUCGGUAACGACCCUUUCGACUGUACCCUAUCGGCGUCUAUCACGUUUUCUGCCGUCGCAAUCCAUGACAUCCAGAUAACAGUUUCUCAUUCAAAUCAGAACAAUGGGGACGAAGGCUUGGCAAAUUACCAAAUCUAUCCUACUCGCUGUCUCUCAUCAGCUUUCGAAGCACGCAUUCGUCAUGAGAAGCUUACAUUCAACAUUCCGGUGCUAAUCUCCGCGCCAAUGGCUAUUUAUAAUGAAAAGGAUCUCCGCGCAGACUUCUUAGGAGAUCAAGCUCCGCUGCAGCCAUUGCCAAUCUCGAGGGUAUUGAGAUGCCAGAAUGUACCCCUGGAGUUGUCGACUUUGUUGACUUUCGCCUGGGGACGAGACGAGGGGAGUGGGAACGCGGACGCGAGCGAGCAAAAUGGGCGGAUUGUUACAAACGCGUGGGGGCCAGACCCUGCAAAAGUGUUUCUAAGCAACGGCCACCUGCUUGCAAGGUCUCCAUCUGCUUUCGACAUCUUGUCGAGGCCAACUGCAAAUGGACUAGUCAGCGGCAUCGCCUUAGCAGGCCAAAUCGGCUCGAGCCUGCCUGGCACAGCUGCGACGCCAUCCGAUCGAGAGGCCAAUAAUCAUAUCAACUUCAAUGACGCAUGCGGUCGUGACAUCAAGACUGACACUUCGUCACCCGGCGCAGAUCAGGAACCAACAACAACUAUAUACGACAAUGACAUCCACGAGACCUCAGUCGAAGAUGAGGUGGAUAAAAGUGGCUGGAAUGGGAAGGAUGCCGCUGAAGCUGCUGAUGAGAGCGAGGCUAGGUGUGAUGACAAGGAUCCCAUCGAUGUUGUCCCAUCCUUAGCUGGACUGCCUCUGGCAUCUCGCACCGGCUCGACAGCACUGCACAAGGCCUCACAAGAAAUAGGGCAUCAAGUCGAGACAAUAGGUGUAGGCGAGGGACAUUCCCUGCGGCGCAGUACUCGCAAGCGCAAACGGAUCGAUCCCGCACCCCCCAUUGUGCCUGUCGUCUCCAACCAAUCCAUCCGCCCACCUAAACGCGCACGCCCGCCAACCAGCGUCCCAGUCAAGGGCAAGGCAACAGCAGCGGCGGUUCUCAAGCCUGUUCCAAGUCUUGUGCUGCUGAAGACCACAGACGGGCGCUAUUCUUACCCACACUGUCCUGGCAGAAUAUUUCAGCGCUACCACGAUUGCCUGCGACACAUGGAUACAAGCAAGCAAUGCCUUGGAUGGAACGGCGUCAUGUACCCUUGCCAUCGCUGCGGAAGCGAGUAUACGAGGCGCGAUGCGGUAAAGCGACAUAUGGACGACAAGCCGAACUGCGCGUAG